AUGAUAUCUACAAAGACAAUUCCUGUUUUUAGAUUUAGAAAUGUCUCUUACAGGACAUUAAAAACAUCGAGUAAUCUACUUCUUCCAAGGUAUACUUCGGGACCUAAUGGAUUCAAUACCAAUAGAACUAGAAUCACCAAAGAAAUAACACCUGAAGAAGUACAACGAUUUAAAGAAGCCCAAGAACGUGCAAGACAACAAGGACAACAGGAAUUUUCACGAAAUCCAUAUACUCAUCAAUUUAAUACUGAUCCAUAUUAUUCAAUUCAUAUUCCAAAUAAUACCAAUGGAAUAAUUACUCCACAUGAUCCAAUUUAUGAAAUUUUAAAAGAACCAACAUUAGUUAUUGAACGUAAAAUUGAAUUCAUGAAUUUGUUUAUUGGAUUUGAACAAGCUAAUAAAUAUGUUAUUAUGAAUUCAUCAGGGCAACAAAUUGGUUAUAUGGAAGAAAAAGAUGUUGGAAUUGGUAAAAUGUUGGGAAGACAAUUUUUUAGAUUACAUCGACCUUUUGAUAUUGAUGUUUAUAAUUCUAGAGGUGAAUUAGCAUUAAGUAUAAAAAGACCAUUUUCAUGGAUAAAUUCUCAUAUUAAAGCAUUAUUACCUGGUUAUGAUAAUUAUAAUGAAAUUAUGUAUGAAGUUAUUGGUGAAUCGGUUCAAUCUUGGCAUUUAUGGAGAAGAAAAUAUAAUUUAUUUAAAUUAGAAGAUGAAACUACUGAUGAAUAUGAUCAAUUUGGUGCUGUUGAUGCUCCAUUUUUAUCAUUUGAUUUCCCAAUUAAGAAUAGAGAAGGUGAUGUUAUAGCUAGUAUUGAUAGAAAUUGGGUCGGUUUGGGAAGAGAAAUGUUUACCGAUACUGGGGUUUAUAUCUUGAGAUUUGAUCCUAGAAGUUUUGAAGGUUUAGAAGGUCAAUAUGGUACUAUUUCCAAAGAUGGGGUUACAUUAGAUCAAAGAGCAGUCAUAUUGUCUUGUUUUACAAGUAUUGAUUUUGAUUAUUUCUCAAGACAUAGUAGAAGUGGCGGAUUAUUUGGAUUUGGUGGAUCCUACGAUGAUGUAUAA